AUGACAACCUCCAAGUCCCCACUCAAUAUUGUCUUCGGUGCUAUGACUGUUGGUGCCCCGGAGACCAGAGCAGAGGGCGCUCGUGUAACGGAUGUAAAAGAGGUCGAAGCUAUGUUGGACGUCUUUGUAGCGCGGGGCUAUCGAGAAGUCGACACUGCGCGGUUCUAUUGCAAAGGAACCAGCGAAGAAUACCUCGGUAAGGUAGACUGGAAAGCCAAGGGCAUCUUAAUGGAGACGAAGCUUUAUCCGACCAAACGGGCACUCACGAUGAAGCAUCUUCUUGGUCCCGAAAUAUAUGAGCAGUUGCAGAAGUUCGGGGUUUCACAUACGCCAGAGGAUGUCCGCAAACAUCUUGCCCUAUCUUUGGAUGCUGUCAAGACCGACUGUCUUGAAAUGUUCUACCUCCACGGACCAGACCGGGCUACACCAUACGAGGUCACCCUCAAGGCCGUUGAUGAAUUGUAUCGCGAAGGAAAAUUCAAGCGAUUCGGAAUCAGUAACUACGCUGCGUGGGAAGUCGCCGAGAUUGUCGGCAUAUGCAAGGCCAAUGGCUACAUUUUACCAACGGUUUAUCAGGGCGUUUACAACGCCAUUCAGCGAACAGUCGAACCCGAGUUAUUCCCCGCCCUCCGCAAGUUUGGUAUUUCCUUCUACGCGUUCAGUCCUCUGUCCGGUGGUUUCUUUACCGGCAAAUACACCUCGAUGGAUGCAGAAGCAGUGCCUGGCUCUCGGUUGAAUGCCGAUAACUUGCCUGGAAAGAGCAUACGCGCGCGCUACUGGAACGAACCCAACUUUGCGGCGCUUGCUAUCAUCCGCCCCGUCAUCGAGAAAUACAACCUCACGAUGCCCGAAGUCGGCCUCCGUUGGGUUGCCCAUCAUUCGAAGCUUCAGCGCGAACACGGCGAUGCCAUUAUCAUUGGCGCGUCGAAUAUCGGCCAGCUCAAGUCGAACUUGGAUGAUUUGGAGAAAGGCCCAUUGCCCGAUGAUGUCGUUGAAGCUUUGGAUGAGGCCUGGAACAUUGUCAAGGCCCAUGCGACUGUUUACUUCCACUGA